GGGGGAGCGGAGGGGAGGGCGGGGCGGGAGGACGCAGUUCGGUCGGCUGCAGCGCUACUUUUGGUCCGGGGUCGGCAGGGAGGCCGCGGCCACCGCAUCAGAGCUGACGUGGGACUACGUGGGGCCGCUGCCGGCUCCGGGUUGCUGAGCGGCGGUCGGGCUCGCCGUCUCCACCUCCUCGCGUCCGUAAUCAGUGACGAGGUCCGCUACGUAAAUCCCUUUGCGGCGGGAUAAAUAAAGAAAACGGGAAAAGAGGAAAGCAUUGAUUACAAAUGUCUUAACAAUGAGCAAAUGUGCAAGGAAAAAAUAUAUUAAGACAAAUCUGAGACAAAUGACCAUGGAAACAGUUGAAUCCCAGCAUGAUGGAAGUAUAACAGCUUCUUUGACAGAGAGCAAGUCUGCUCAUGUGCAGACUCAGACUGGCCAAAAUUCAAUCCCUGCUUUAGCUCAGGUAGCAACAAUUGCAGAGACAGAUGAAUCUGCCGAAUCAGAAGGUGUAAUUGAUUCUCAUAAGCGUAGAGAAAUCCUUUCACGAAGACCCUCUUAUAGGAAAAUACUGAACGAACUGUCCUCUGAUGUGCCUGGUGUUCCCAAGAUUGAAGAAGAAAGAUCAGAGGAAGAAGGAACACCACCUAACAUUGCUACCAUGGCAGUACCAACUAGCAUAUAUCAGACUAGCACGGGGCAAUACACUGCCACUGGUGACAUGCCAGCUUACCAGAUCCGAGCUCCUACUGCUGCUUUGCCACAGGGAGUGGUGAUGGCUGCAUCGCCCGGAAGUUUGCACAGUCCCCAGCAGCUGGCAGAAGAAGCAACACGCAAACGAGAGCUGAGGCUAAUGAAAAACAGCCUUGUCAGUUUCUUCCUUGCCUUGCAUUUCCUCUCCGUGCUGAGGAUACACCCAGACACAUGCAAGCCUGAAAACUGAGCUCACCAUUAAUAGAAGAAACAGGUGUUUUCCAUGGCUGAGGAGUACUUAGGAAUGUACCAUCUACUGAUGUGAUCGGGGAAAGCUUUGUGCCUGCAACAUUUUGACUCUAGUAAUAUGUGUGUCUGUGCAUGCACACACACACAUGCACACUCAAAUGUAAAAGAUGAAGUAUGAGUAUUUAUAAUAGCUUGGUAAAUAAAAUGUUAAAGAUUAAACACCCACAACACUGCUAUUAGGUCUUUAAAUUUUUCAUUUAAUGGUAACCCUGUUUUGUAAAAUGACUAUCUUCCUUCUAGGUCUAGAAUUUAAUAUAAUUUAAUCAUGAAAACCUUGGUAUUCAUAAAUGAAUUUCAGUGCCUUUGUGGAAAAGAGUUAAAUUAUGUUCCCAGAUUGGCAGAUAUGUGUGUUUGGAUUUAUUCUUAACUUUUCCAAUUGCAUCAUUUAGAUUAAAUUAGUCACUAUAACAUUUUAUUCAAUUUUACAUUUUAAAUUUUUUUUGUUAGCCAGCUGAGAAGUCUGAGAACUUUGUGCGUUCACAGGGUGAGUCCAUUGUUCCUGGCUAGGAAGCAGGGGUUGAUCUUUUCCUGCAGUUCAUUUGGAUUGAAGGUUCUUCUUUGCUGACUCUUGCUUCCACAGUGAAAACACAGAUCUCCAGUCAGUGAGAGUCAGCUAUCUUAAAAAACAAAAAUCAUGUAUACAUCACAUGUGGUUCAGGAUGCUAACUGGCAUUACAGAAACCGGUGUUUAGACAUUCAACACUGCUUUUGUUAACAUAUUUGAAUGAUAAUAUCUGUUUCAAUGUAGGCUUUUUUGACAUGAAGGGUGAUCUACCUCAAAGACAGUUAUUCUGGAAUUGAAUCCUCCAAAAUGAGGCCAAUCAAAGGGUGUCUUCUACAGAGGAGUAAAGGGAAGUGGUUGCCAUCCCUCCCACCCUGAAAAAAAGAAAAAGAGAAAAUGUUGGCUCUAUUUAUUGUUUUGGUGGGGUUAUGUAUGAAAAUGACUAAGUCAACUCAUCUGUUUGUGUUGUUGCUUUGGCUACUGGUCUGUUCUUUCAGUUUGGGCUUAAAGUGCUUUAAAAUUCAAUAUAUUGGAUAUUAAAUGCAUGUGAUUAGGAAACAGUCUUGAAAUAUGCCCAGAGUUACUCAGUAGCUUCUUUUUUAUAAUUUUAAUUGUGGUGGUCUCGCAUUUGUGGGUUUAAAUUGUCUGAGUUAUCGAGUGUUGUAUUUUGUAGCCCCCUUCUUUAAUUUUCAGAAGCACUGUCCAUUUCAUUUCGGUUUAUAAAAAUGCACAUCUUUUGUUUAUUAUGAUUUAUCCAUGUUGUGUUUUCUAGCCAAUAAACUGUGUCUUGCAGUCACGAUUGAUCUUGUUUUACUGAGAUUUAGUUUUGAAGACUAAAAAUGUCCAGUGUUGAUAUUUAAGGUUUUCAAGGAUUAAUUCUUAUAAUCAUUUUUGAUCGAAUAAAAUUAACUCAUUAUGUUGGAGUAUGUGCCUUUUGGGAGACAAAAAUAAUUAAGAGAAUUGAAAGGAUCUAUAAAUGUUUUUGUAGAAAUUCCACUUGGGGAUGUGGUCCUAUUGUAGUUUACUGAAAACAGUUCUGGUCAUUGUUACCAGUGGAAUGUGUGCCCUAAGAAAACACCAUUUGUGAUGAAUGCUGGGCAAACUGUGUUCUCAAAUCAUUCCUGUUGUCUGAUGGUUAUCUUACAAAAACAUGUGCCUGGUUAUGUUUGUUAUGUGGCUUUGUACAGUCCUUACCUAGGAUCGAUUGGCUGUUGAGUUCGGGGGGCAGAAGUGCACUGACCCCACUGUGGAUUGUGUUGGAAGGCUGUUCCUGUAGUCAUUUGCCUUGUGUUGCUUCCAGGGAAGCUGCCCGGGAGUGUCGCAGGAAGAAGAAAGAAUAUGUCAAAUGUCUUGAAAAUCGUGUGGCUGUGCUUGAAAACCAAAACAAGACUCUCAUUGAGGAACUCAAGGCCCUCAAAGAUCUUUAUUGCCAUAAAGUAGAGUAACUGUCUUUGACUUGGACCUUGUUUACUGUGAACUCUAAUCAAGGCAGGAGAUGCAGCAGUUCUACUUAUUGCCAUGUGGACUUGUGGAAAGGACACGUGUGACCCUUAAGAAUCCAGUUUGGAUUAGUGUUUGAAAUUGAAUUGGGAAUGUUGUUCCAGGAUGUGGAAUGCAGCCGUGAUCACACUUACCAAGCUUACUUUGAUCUGUUUGUCAAUAGCAUGCAAAAAAUGCUUUGUUUGCCCUUUGCUUCUGCUUUUUUCAGGGAAGCUGCCAAAGAAUGUCGACGUCGAAAGAAAGAAUAUGUAAAAUGUCUGGAGAGCCGAGUUGCAGUGCUGGAAGUCCAGAACAAGAAGCUUAUAGAGGAGCUUGAAACCUUGAAAGACAUUUGUUCUCCCAAAACAGAUUAGUAGAAAUAUUUAACUAUGAACUGAAGACAGCAUGUAUAGUUGCUUUUGAAGGAAUACAAUAUAUAGCUGGCAAGAAUGUAUAGUUGCUUUUGAAGGAAUACAAUAUAUAGCUGGCAAGAAUGGUGGCUUCUUUUCUUUGUAUCAUUCAUCUUCUUCUUUAAUCACUUAACAUUCCUAAAAUGCUUCACUGUACAUAGUUAAGUCAUAGCUAUAACUUCAAAUUUUUUAAAAGAGACAAACUGUAAAAAAUGUGUGUAUUCUUAAAAUGCAAUAUUUGUAAGGCUUGUUCCAAUGCCACAUACUUGCAUCUCCCAUUCUAUGUGUCAUCAAUAGUGUCCUAUGCAAUAAAAUUAUUUGCAGGUCUUUAAAUCAUUUUAGGAAAGGAUGAUCAAAAAUAAUGCAUCCAGCAGUACAAUAAAAGUAACCACAAAAAAUACCUCAGGAAAGAAGAGAAAGAAAGUCUAUCUAAUGACAUGCCUAUAUGAGAAGAAUAGCCUAGAUAUGAAUAUAUGGCAUUUGCAGAUUUUUAUAUUAGUCGCUUUGUUAAAAAAAAAAAAGAUUGUAUUGCUGUCCUUGAAUGCCAUAGUCAAAGAGAGUUUUUAAUAGAACCAUGUUGGUUGCACUUUGUAGUGUUUGGUGCUCAUUUAAAUAUCUGAACAUUUACUACAGUUUUUAACUCCAUUGUGUCAUAUAAAAGAUCUUGCAGAA